UGAAGCCUGAAAUCACAUGACAGUAUUGAUAGACCUUUCGUAUGACGAGAAGUUAUUCAGCCGAGUGAUAUACAUACCUAUGACAAUAUUUGUCAAGUUACAGGUGGUAAAGUAUGUCAUCCGACGACCUUCUCUGUGGACCCUGUAGCCAUGUCAACACACAGAAACAUGCACAGAAAUGGUGUACCAAUUGUGAAGAAGGUUUCUGUACUGACUGUGAACAGGUUCAUAGAUCAAUGAAGGUCACUAGAGAUCACACACUGAUAUCAACCGACGAUUAUCUUAAAAUCGAAAAUGUCCACGUCAGUUUGAAAUGUGAUACCCAUGGCAAGAAGUUUGAUCUAUACUGCAAAUCACACGACGUAGCUAUUUGCGUUGCCUGUUUUCCCUCCCUACACAAACGUUGUUCUGAUGUCAUUCCCCUCGACGAAGCAGCAAAAAAUGCAAAGAGAUCGACAGCCCUUGACGACUUAGAAAAUGCAAUCAAAGUCGUUUUAGAAAACUUGAAAGUUUUUAUCAACAACCGCCACCAGGCUAUGAACAAUCUUAAAAUAGAAGAACAAAGCGUCAGAAAAUCAAUCUGUGAAAUGAGAGCUAAGGUUAACAAGCAUUUGGAUGGACUAGAAAAUGAAAUGUUAGAUGAUUUGUCUCAACGGUAUGAACACUGUAAAUCAAAAUAUGGAGAAGUUCAGAAGUAUUUGAAUAAAACAGAAAAAGAAAUCAAGUUACUACAAGAACAAACAUCCCAAAUGAAGUGUGUCGGUUCCGAGCUACAGGUAUUUCUUGGCACUCGUCAGAUCAACAAAUUAAUCCAUAACGAGGUACAAAGCGUCAAAACAAUGACGAGCACAUUACAGGAUUACAAUAUAGGGGUUGAGAUUCAUCAAGGAAUAACUUCGUUAUUAGAAAAUGUCGGUAAAUUCGGCAAGGUUAAAGUUGAAGAAAACACUAUCAGUUUACCAUUCAAAGAUGCAAAGGUCGACCAAGCUCAGAUAGUACAUACACCAACCGGUGAAUCUUUUGAUCGAACUAGGCUUCUAUUGCGACAAAAAUUCAAAAUCAAAGACAAACACAAAUACACGAGUGUCCGCGGAUGUGGGAUUUUACCUAACAGUCAUUUAUUGAUUGCCGAUUACAAUGGAAACAAAGCAAUAAUGGAGUAUAGUGAUGAUGGAAGACAUAUCCGAAACAUCACAGUCUCUGACAAACCGUUCGAUUUGGUGAUUAUAGACAGCGAUGGCCUGGCAGUUUCAUAUGGUAACAAAGCAUAUAUGGAAAUUAUAAACAUUAUAAACAAUACAGUUUACACGAGAGUAAAGUUCGAAUGCUUCCAGAGUUGCUAUGGAAUUUCAUAUCAGAAUGGAAAAAUGUAUAUGUUAGUAACUAAUGAAGGUAUUGUGGAGAUUGAUAUGUCAGGGAAACGACUACGUACAAUAGGUGGGAAAUAUACUAAAGGUGGUAUUUAUCAUCUCACUACAACAAACGACAGAAUAUAUUGUACCGACAGUAUUAGAAACUCAGUAUACUGCUGUAGUAUGAUGGGUGAAGAUAUCUGGACAUUCACUGACCGAUCUCUUACUGAUCCCUGGGGAAUAUCAGCUGAUGGCGAUCAGAACGUGUUUGUGGUAGGGAGUGAUUCUAACAACCUGAUGAUGAUACAACAUGAUGGGAAAGUCAGUAAGACAUUACUUACUGAAGCCGAUGGUCUGGACUAUCCAGCCCCAGUAUAUUACAAUAGCCACAAGAAAUUACUGUUGGUUUGUAAUGUAAACGGAGAUGCCUUUCUAUAUAAUGUGUUAUAG